AUGGCCGCGUUACCAGCUUGGGGUUUGCUUGCAGGCAAGACAGCCGCUAUUACCGGCGGCACCACAGGAAUUGGACGAGCGAUUGUGUUGGCAUACAUUACCCAAGGAUGCAACGUUGCUGUCAACCAUCUAGGACUAUCAAAGGACGAAAGCCAUCGACACAGCCUCCUGGAAGAAGCCAAGGCAAUUGAGCGGAAGGGCAUCAACACAGGGAGGAUCCUCGAGAUUUCUGGUGAUGUGACAAGCCCACAGACCAGUGAAGACCUUAUCAAGGCCGCGGUAUCUCAAUGGGGUAAGCUGGAUAUCUUCGUUGCCAAUGCAGGAGUUUUCAAGCAAGCCGAGUUUCUCAAAAUCCAGCCCUCACUACUAGACCACAGUGUCGAUGUCAACAUCAAAGGCACGUUUUACUCAUGCCAGGCCGCUGCUCGCCAAAUGGUAAAGCAGGGACAUGGCGGUUCGAUCAUUGGCAUUUCCUCCGUCAGCGCUCUCCUAGGUGGUGGACUUCAAACGCAUUAUACUCCUACCAAAGCUGCGGUCCUAUCAAUGAUGCAGUCCAUGGCCAUUUCGCUGGGCAAGGACCAGAUUAGAUGCAAUGCGUUGAUGCCGGGGACAAUCGCUACUCAGCUAGCCGAUCAUGAUAUGAAAAACCCGACCAAGAAGGCUGCACUCGAGGCGCGAAUCCCGCUUGGUCGCAUCGGGGAUCCGAACGAUAUGGCAGGUCCGGCUGUAUUUUUGGCUUGUGAGGAAAUGAGCAGAUAUGUCAAUGCAACAGGGGUCCUGGCAGAUGGUGGAAUGUUUAGUAAUUUACAAUGA